AUGAGGCUGCUUCCCAUGUGUUGGAGUAGGAGCCCGGUGUGGAGCUGCCGGCCCGCAGCCCGCGUCCCGGCCUCGCGCUCCACCCCGGAGCGGGGCCCCAUCUCCACUCGGGGCGUUGUCCUUCCUGCUGGCCUCGCCGUCGGGGGACGGGACAGGCCCUGCCCGCAGUGGUCAGAGUCCCCCGGGAACGAGCACCUGCGGGCCCCGAGGCUGCCUGGAGGAGGCAGCGGGACCGAGACAAAAGACGCCAACUGGGCUCGGGGUGUGCGCAGCAAGUACAGAGGCCCUGGGCUCCAUCCCCAGUACCGAAAAGGAAGAGACCAAAAAAAUACCGCGCCCCCUUGCCUGGAUGGAAGCCCGUGUGCGAAUGGAGGUCGCUGCACCCAGCUGCCCUCGGGCGGAGCCGCCUGCCUGUGCCCUCCUGGCUGGGUGGGUGAGCGGUGUGAGCUGGAAAACCCCUGUCACUCGGGCCCCUGUGCGGGCCGUGGCGUUUGCCAGAGCUCCGUGGUGGCGGGCGCUGCCCGGUUCUCCUGCCGAUGUCCCCGCGGCUUCCGAGGUCCCGAUUGCUCCCUGCCCGACCCCUGUCUCAGCGGCCCGUGCGCCCAUGGCGGCCGCUGCUCCGUGGGCUCCGAUGGCCGCUUCCUCUGCUCCUGCCCGCCUGGCUACCAGGGCCGGAGCUGCCGGAGCGACGUGGACGAGUGCCGGGCCGGGGGGCCCUGCCGCAACGGGGGCACCUGCCUCAACACCCCGGGCUCCUUCCGCUGCCAGUGUCCGGCCGGCCACACGGGGCCGCUGUGCGAGAGCCCCGCGCUGCCCUGCGCCCCGUCGCCCUGCCGCAACGGGGGCACCUGCCGCCAGGGCGGGGACCUCACCUACGACUGUGCCUGCCUUCCUGGCUUCGAGGGCCAGCACUGCGAGGCGAACGUCGAUGACUGUCCGGGACAUCGGUGCCUGAAUGGGGGGACGUGCGUGGACGGCGUCAACACCUACAAUUGCCAGUGUCCUCCCGAGUGGACAGGUCAGUUUUGCACGGAGGACGUGGACGAGUGCCAGCUCCAGCCCAACGCGUGCCACCACGGGGGCACGUGCUUCAACACGCUGGGGGGGCACAGCUGCGUGUGCGUCAACGGCUGGACGGGCGAGAGCUGCAGCCAGAACAUCGACGACUGUGCCACGGCCGUGUGCUUCCACGGGGCCACCUGCCACGACCGCGUGGCCUCCUUCUACUGCGCCUGCCCCAUGGGCAAAACCGGCCUCCUCUGCCACCUGGACGACGCCUGCGUCAGCAACCCCUGUCACGACGACGCUAUCUGCGACACCAACCCCGUGAACGGCCGGGCCAUCUGCACCUGUCCGCCGGGCUUCACGGGUGGGGCGUGCGACCAGGACGUGGACGAGUGCUCCAUUGGUGCCAACCCGUGUGAACAUCUCGGGCGGUGCGUGAACACCCAGGGCUCGUUCCUGUGCCAGUGCGGCCGGGGCUACACCGGGCCUCGCUGCGAGACCGACGUCAACGAGUGCCUGUCCGGGCCCUGCCGAAACCAGGCCACCUGCCUGGAUCGCAUCGGACAGUUCACCUGCAUCUGCAUGGCAGGCUUCACAGGAACCUAUUGUGAAGUGGACAUUGACGAGUGUCAGAGCAGCCCAUGUGUCAAUGGGGGCGUCUGCAAAGAUCGUGUCAACGGCUUCAGCUGCACCUGCCCCUCAGGUUUCAGUGGGUCUAUGUGUCAGCUGGACGUGGAUGAGUGUGCAAGCACGCCCUGCCGGAAUGGCGCCAAGUGCGUGGAUCAACCCGAUGGCUACGAGUGUCGCUGUGCGGAGGGCUUCGAGGGGACCCUGUGUGAGCGCAAUGUGGACGACUGCUCCCCUGACCCGUGCCACCACGGGCGCUGCGUGGAUGGCAUCGCCAGCUUCUCGUGUGCCUGUGCCCCCGGCUACACGGGCACACGCUGCGAGAGCCAGGUGGACGAGUGCCGCAGCCAGCCCUGCCGCCACGGGGGCAAGUGCCUGGACCUGGUGGAUAAAUACCUCUGCCGCUGUCCACCUGGCACCACAGGUGUGAACUGCGAGGUGAACAUCGACGAUUGUGCCAGUAGCCCCUGCACCUUCGGGGUCUGCCGGGAUGGGAUCAACGGCUAUGACUGUGUCUGCCGGCCGGGCUUCACCGGGCCCCUCUGUAACGUGGAGAUCAAUGAAUGCACAUCCAACCCGUGUGGCGAGGGAGGCUCCUGCGUGGAUGGAGAAAACGGCUUCCACUGCCUGUGUCCCCCUGGCUCCUUGCCCCCACUUUGCCUCCCUCCCAGCCACCACUGUGCCCAGGAGCCCUGCAAACAUGGCGUCUGCCAUGAUGUACCUGAUGGGUUCCGCUGUGUGUGCGAGGCUGGCUGGACCGGCCCCCGCUGUGGCCAGAGCCUGUCUCCAGAUGCCUGUGAGUCCCAGCCCUGCCGGGCUGGGGGUACGUGCACCAGCGAAGGACACGGAUUCCGGUGCACCUGCCCUCCCGGAGUGCAGGGCCGUCAGUGUGAGGUGCUGUCCCCGUGCACCCCGAACCCCUGUGAGCAUGGGGGCCGCUGUGAGAUGGGUCCUGGCCAGCUGGCUGUGUGCUCCUGCCCCUCAGGCUGGCAAGGUGUCCGAUGCCAGCAAGACGUGGAUGAGUGUGCCGGCCCCGCGCCCUGCGGACCCCGGGGCAUCUGUACCAAUCUGGCGGGCAGUUUCAGCUGUACUUGCCUUGGGGGCUACACGGGUCCUUCCUGUGACCAGGACAUCGAUGACUGUGACCCCAACCCGUGCCUCAAUGGCGGCUCCUGUCAGGAUGGCGUGGGCUCCUUCUCCUGCUCUUGCCUUCCGGGUUUCGCCGGCUCGCGCUGUGCCCGCGACGUGGAUGAAUGCCUGAGCAACCCCUGCGGCCCGGGCACCUGCACGGACCACGUGGCCUCCUUCACCUGCACCUGUCCGCCGGGCUUCGGAGGCUUCCACUGCGAGAGGGACCUGCCCGACUGCAGCCCCAGCUCCUGCUUCAACGGAGGGACCUGUGUGGACGGCGUGAACUCGUUCAGCUGCCUGUGCCGCCCUGGCUACACGGGCGCCCACUGCCAGUUCGAGGCCGACCCCUGUCUCUCUCGGCCCUGUCUGCAUCGGGGCAUCUGCAGAGCCAGCCACCCCGGCUUUCACUGCACCUGCCUGGAGGGCUUCACCGGCAGCCAGUGCCAGACUCCAAUAGACUGGUGCGGCCAGGCGCCCUGUCAGAACGGAGGCCGCUGCGUCCAGGCCGGGGCCUACUGCCUGUGUCCCCCCGGAUGGAGCGGCCGCCUCUGUGACAUCCGAAGUGUGCCUUGCAGGGAGGCCGCAGCCCAGAUGGGGGUGCGGCCGGAGCAGCUGUGUGCCGCGGGAGGGCAGUGCGUGGACCAGGACAGCUCCCACUACUGCGUGUGUCCAGAGGGUCGCACGGGCAGCCACUGUGAGCAGGAGCUGGACCCCUGCUUGGCCCAGCCCUGCCAAAAUGGAGGCACCUGCCGGGUCUACAUGGGAGGCUAUGUGUGCGAGUGUCCAGCUGGCUAUAUGGGUGACAGCUGUGAGACCAACGUGGAUGAGUGUGCCUCUAGGCCCUGCCAGCAUGGGGGCUCCUGCAUCGACCUCGUGGCCCGAUACCUCUGUUCCUGUCCCCCUGGGACUCUGGGGGUGCUCUGUGAGAUUAAUGAGGAUGACUGCGGUCCGGGAGCACCCCUGGAUUCUGGCACGCGCUGUCUACACAAUGGCACCUGUGUGGACCUGGUGGGGGGCUUCCGCUGUAACUGCCCCCCGGGAUACACGGGUCUCCACUGCGAGGCGGACAUCAAUGAGUGUAGGCCGGGGGUCUGCCACGCGGCUCACACCCGGGAUUGCCUGCAAGACCCAGGAGGGCACUUCCGCUGCCUCUGCCAUCCGGGCUUCACGGGUCCUCGCUGUCAGACUGUCCUCUCCCCCUGUGAGGCCCAGCCCUGCCAGCAUGGAGGCCAGUGUCGAGCCAGCCCAGCCCCUGGCGGUGGGCUGACCUUCACCUGCCACUGUGUGCAGCCGUUCUGGGGUCCGCGAUGCGAGCGGGUGGCGCGCUCCUGCCGGGAGCUGCAGUGUCCUACGGGCGUCCCGUGCCAGCUGACCGCGCGCGGGCCGCGCUGCGCCUGUCCCCCGGGGCUCCCCGUGUAUGAAAAAUACUGUGCGGACCACUUCGCGGACGGCCGCUGCGACCAGGGCUGCAACACGGAGGAGUGCGGCUGGGACGGGCUGGACUGCGCCAGUGAGGUUCCCGCCCUGCUGGCCCGCGGGGUGCUGGUGCUCACCGUCCUGCUGCCCCCCGAAGAGCUGCUGCGCUCCGGCGCCGAUUUCCUGCAGCGGCUCAGCGCCAUCCUGCGGACCUCGCUGCGCUUCCGCCUGGACGCCCGCGGCCAGGCCAUGGUGUUCCCUUACCACCGGCCCGGCCCUGGCUUCGAACCCCGAGCCCGGCGGGAGCUGGUCCCUGAGGUGAUCGGCUCCGUCGUGAUGCUGGAGAUUGACAACCGGCUCUGCCUGCAGUCCCCUGAGAACGACCACUGCUUCCCCGAUGCCCAGAGUGCCGCCGACUACCUGGGGGCCCUGUCGGCGGUGGAGCGCCUCGACUUCCCCUACCCGCUGCGGGAUGUGCGAGGGGAGCCGCUGGAGCCUCCGGCGCAGGGCGUGCCCACCAUGCCCCUGCUGGCGGCCAGCGCCGUCUUCCUGCUCAUCAUCUUCGUCCUGGGCGUCAUGGUGGCCCGGCGCAAGCGAGAGCACAGCACCCUGUGGUUCCCCGAGGGAUUCGCGCUGCACAAGGACGUGGCAGCCGGCCACAAAGGCCGGCGGGAGCCCGUGGGACAAGAUGCGCUGGGCAUGAAGAACAUGGGCAAGGGUGAGAGUCUGAUGGGGGAGGUGGCCACAGACUGGAUGGACACAGAGUGCCCGGAGGCCAAGCGACUGAAGGUGGAGGAGGCCGGCGCGGGGGCCGAGGAGCCCGUGGACUGUCGCCAGUGGACGCAGCACCACCUGGUGGCUGCCGACAUCCGCGUGGCCCCGGCCAUGGCGCUGACGCCACCGCAGGGCGAUGCGGAGGCCGACGCCAUGGACGUGAACGUGCGGGGCCCAGACGGCUUCACCCCCCUCAUGCUGGCCUCCUUCUGUGGAGGGGCCCUGGAGCAGAUCCCAGCCGAGGAGGAGGAGGUGGACGACUCCUCCGCCAGCAUCCUCUCAGACCUCAUCUGCCAAGGGGCCCAGCUUGGGGCUCGGACUGACCGCACAGGCGAGACCGCCCUGCACCUGGCCGCGCGCUAUGCCCGGGCCGACGCUGCCAAGCGGCUGCUGGAUGCCGGGGCGGACACCAACGCCCAGGACCACUCGGGCCGCACCCCGCUGCACACGGCCGUGACCGCCGACGCGCAGGGCGUCUUCCAGAUCCUCAUCCGGAAUCGCUCCACAGACCUGGACGCCCGCAUGGCGGACGGCUCCACCAGCCUGAUCCUGGCAGCUCGCCUGGCGGUGGAGGGUAUGGUAGAGGAGCUGAUCGCCUGCCACGCCGACGUGAACGCGGUGGACGAGCUGGGGAAGUCAGCCCUGCACUGGGCUGCAGCGGUGAACAAUGUGGAGGCCGCCUUGGCUCUGCUCAAGAACGGCGCUAAUAAGGACAUGCAGGACAGCAAGGAGGAGACCCCGCUGUUCCUGGCGGCCAGGGAGGGCAGCUAUGAGGUGGUCAAGCUGUUGCUGGAUCAUUUUGCCAACCGGGAGAUCACAGACCACAUGGACAGGCUGCCCAGGGACGUGGCCCACGAGCGGCUGCACCAGGACAUCGUGCACCUCCUGGACCAGCCCAGCGGGCCCCGCAGCCCCCCGGGGCCCCAUGGCCUGGGACCCCUGCUCUGUCCCCCCGGGGCCUUCCUCCCCGGCCUGAAGGCCACACCGUCGGGGGCCAAGAAGAGCCGCAGGCCUCUGGGGAAGGCCGGGCUGGGCCCGCAGGGCGCUCGCGGACGGGGCAAGAAGCUGAGCCUGGCCUGCCCGGGCCCCCUGGCGGACAGCUCGGUCACGCUGUCCCCCGUGGACUCUCUGGACUCCCCUCGGCCCUUCGGGGGGACCCCUGCCUCCCCUGGAGGCUUCUCCCUGGAGGCUCCCUACGGGGCGGCCGCGGCCACCGCCGUGUCCUUGACGCAGCUUGGGGGUGCGGGCAGGGCGGCGGCUCUGGGGCGCCAGCCUCCCGGGAGCUGCGUGCUCAGCCUGGGCCUGUUGAACCCCGUGGCGGUCCCCCUCGACUGGGCCCGGCUGCCCCCACCUGCACCCCCGGGGUCCUCCUUCCUGUUGCCCCUGGCUCCGGGACCCCAGCUGCUCAACCCGGGGACCCCCGUCUCGCCCCAAGAGCGGCCCCCUCCCUACCUGGCCCCUCCCGGGCACGGAGAGGAAUACCCGGCUGCGGGGACCGGUGGUAGCCCCGCGAAGGGUCGCUUCCUCCGGGUCCCCAAUGAGCAUCCUUACCUGACUCCGUCCCCCGAGUCUCCCGAGCACUGGGCCAGCCCGUCGCCCCCCUCCCUGCCCGACUGGUCCGAGUCCACGCCCAGCCCCGCCACCGCCGCCCCCCCUGCCCAGCCGCACCCCCUGUCUGUCCCUGCCCCCCUGACUCAGGCCCAGACCCAGCUGGGACCCCAGCCUGAAGUCACCCCCAAGAGGCAGGUGCUGGCCUGA